CCCUGCGGUGGAGAAUGGGGCUGUGGCCAAAGUGUUCUCUGGGAGUUGUAGUUCCUGUGUUAGUGAGGCGAGGAGGAGGCGGAGUGACUCGGCGGCCAUUAGCUGUGUGUAGUUGCCCGGGACUAGGAGCUUAAGUGAAGAGGGAGCCCUAAUUCGUUGGAAAUCGACCGUAGCCAUGGUCUCCUACCGGGGCUAGUCUAGAGUACGGAGCAGGCGGGCUCUUCGGUUCCCCGCCCCGCCGAGUGGCGGGGCCCAGUAGGCCUCCGGGCAUCCCCGGUCUCAAGUAGGCCUCAUCUGCCGGCAAGGGCGCCCCAAAGGCGGGAGGCGCCAUGUCGCUGGUUGCUUACGCCAGCAGCGAUGAGAGUGAGCCGGAUGAGGCUGAGCCGGAGCCGGAGGAGGAGGAGGCGGCGGCCCCUACAUCUGGGCCCACCUUAGGGGGCUUGUUCGCUUCUCUCCCCGCACCCAAGGGUCCGGCCUUGCUGCCCCCGCCUCCCCAGAUGCUGGCCCCAGCCUUUCCCCCGCAGCUGUUGCUGCCCCCACCCACAGGAGACCCCCGGCUUCAGCCUCCUCCCCCUUUGCCCUUCGGCCUGGGAGGCUUUCCCCCACCUCCAGGCGUGAGCCCGGCUGAGGCGGCGGGAGUUGGGGAGGGGCUGGGAUUGGGGCUGCCCUCGCCCCGAGGCCCUGGCCUCAGUCUGCCCCCCACUAUUGGCGGCGCCGGACCCCCCGUGGGGCUUCCCAAGCCAAAGAAGAGGACAGAGCCCGUGAAGAUUGCGGCGCCGGAGCUGCACAAGGGGGAUUCAGAUUCUGAGGAAGAUGAACCCACGAAGAAGAAAACUGUCCUUCAGGGAUCCGGCGAGGGGACUGGUUUGUCUGCCUUGCUUCCCCAGCCUAAAAACCUGACUGUGAAAGAGACUAACAGGUUGCUCCUGCCCCACGCCUUCUCCCGGAAACCCUCGGAUGGCUCCUCUGACACUAAACCCUCCAGACUGGCCCCUAAGACCAAGCCCUCCUCUCUUGCCCCUGUCGUGGGCACCACAACCACCACUCCGUCACCCUCUGCCAUCAAGGCUGCUGCCAAGAGUGCUGCCCUGCAGGUGACAAAGCAGAUCACGCAGGAGGAGGACGACAGUGAUGAAGAAGUCGCCCCUGAGAACUUCUUCUCCCUCCCUGACAAGGCUGAGCCACCUGGAGCUGAGCCAUACCCUUACCCCAUCCCCACUGUCCCCGAAGAGCUGCCUCCAGGGACGGAGCCAGAGCCGGCCUUCCAGGACGAUGCAGCCAAUGCUCCCCUUGAAUUCAAGAUGGCGGCAGGCUCAAGUGGGGCCCCUUGGAUGCCUAAGCCUGGGGAUGACUACAGCUACAAUCAGUUUUCCACAUAUGGCGAUGCCAAUGCUGCUGGUGCUUAUUAUCAGGAUUAUUACAGUGGUGGCUACUAUCCCGCACAGGAUCCGGCCCUGGUCCCCCCCCAGGAAAUUGCCCCAGAUGCCUCCUUCAUCGAUGACGAAGCAUUUAAGCGACUGCAGGGCAAGAGGAACCGAGGGAGGGAGGAAAUCAACUUUGUGGAGAUCAAAGGUGAUGACCAGCUCAGUGGGGCCCAGCAGUGGAUGACCAAGUCUUUGACAGAAGAGAAAACCAUGAAGUCAUUCAGCAAAAAGAAAGGUGAGCAGCCAACGGGCCAGCAGCGGCGGAAACACCAGAUCACGUAUCUGAUUCACCAGGCUAAGGAGCGGGAGCUGGAACUGAAGAACACCUGGUCAGAGAACAAGCUCAGCCGCCGGCAGACCCAAGCCAAAUACGGAUUCUAGGGCUCUGGAAUGGAUUGCUCCCAGGAUCUCCUGCCAGCCCAGCUGGCCCGGCCCCCAGCUUUGCCUCUGGGACCCCAGCUGCUCUCAGCCCUGGAUCUCUUUCCCUGAGGACCCAGCCCUCGCCUCUGCGAGAA